GUUGCAAUAACAGCCAUGAACAAAUGUAACUCUUGGAAUUUUCACUAAGAAUCUUUUAUUUUCUGAUGUUGCUGGAUGUUAUUCUUUAGUGAACAGGUACUGCUAUGUGGAUAUUUGUUAGCAAUGACUGAUGUGGAAUCUACAUAUGCAGACUUUAUUGCUUCAGGAAGAACUGGUAGAAGAAAUGCAUUACAUGACAUACUUGUGUCCUCUCCGGGUGGGAACUCUAGUGAACUAGCCUUAAAGUUAUCAGAGCUUGAUAUAAACAAAACGGAAGGAGAAGGAGAUGCGCAACGAAAUCCAAGUGAGCAAACUGGGGAGGCCCAAGGGGAGGCAGCAAAGCAAGAAAGCUGACAUCCGACUUUGACCGACUGAAGCAGCUGCUGGAUGUUUUCAGACUACAAGAGCAUGCUGGAACAAAUUUGUUUCCAUGAGCAAGCUGGUGGAAAAGAAAGUGCAUGUGUCUUCACUGCUGGAACCCACUCAACACAAUGCUAAAAAUGGGGGUGCAAGCUGUGGCAGAAGACAGAAUUUUCUCUACCUCUGUCAUUAGCAAUGGUUGAACAUGUUUUGAUUUUUUGGGAUAGUGUCAUCAGAUGGAUCCCUUCAUAAUGACUACUUGAUGGGAACACUUUUAGAAAGUAGAACAGGUAAAUCUUGUAGCACAUGGCCUGUGAAACAUCAGAGGAUCUAAUUGUGCAUCUUAAGCAAAGGCUUGCGUGAUCCUCAGAGUUAAAAUUCUCUGGCCAAAGCGUUCACCCAUUAAAAGAACUGUAAAGAAAGCACUGUUUUUAGAACUUUGCGUCUGUUUUACAGCUCUGUUACUUACAAUGGUUUUUGUAUUGUAUGACUUAGAUGCUCCACACUGCCCCUUCUCAACUGCUUAUGAAGGAUAUUUCUGUUACUGUGAAUUUUUCUACCACGCGUUUUGAAAGGGCUGGGAUUUUGCAUAAUGUGGUGAUGUGCACAUGAUAGAUUUAAAACGUCAACUGCUAAAUUGAUUAUGCCUAAACUGAAAUGAUUCAGCAUCCCUCUAAUUUGCUAUUAGAUGAGCCUUCAAAAUGAUUUGUUAAUGUGAAUACUUCAGCGUGUUUUGUGUCCUUGGUACAGUUUUGCCACUUGCCUGUAGCUAGUUGCUUAUCAGAGACUCAAAUUCAAAUAUUUUAUGUUCUUCUUCCCCAUUUUUCUAAUUUUAUUCCCAAUUUCUUAAUCUUUCUCCGAGAUAUUUUUUUAAAAUGUUAGUCCAAGUAUUUUAUUGUUAAGGUAGUUUUAAGAAUACAUUUAUAGCCUUAUAUAGGUUAAAAUUCAAACAGAUUCCAUGGUGCUAGAGAUUUUCCUGGUUCACAUCUUAAGGAUGGGCCUUGUUUACACACAGGAAAAUAACUGGCAUAGGUUAUUGCCAAUUAACGUAUUCUGGAAUAAGUUUUAGAUUGCGGGAUAGCCCAGCUAGUGGAUCAUGGGCUGGAUCCACGUAGGGAGAGUAUUUUUUCUAUUCCUUGCCUUUGCCUCAGUUGAUCAGGCUGUUGAGUUUGCAGAGCCAGUAGCCUGUUAACUGAUGCACCAGGUUACAGCCAAGUGCUAGAAGCUGCCUCAGCAGCCUUUUGGCUAGGAGGAAAUGGAAAUGAGAGACUUUGCAUCUAGCACCCAAAAGACUGGAUUUUUCCCAUUUCAUUUAUUCCAAAAUGACAGUCCUGGACCUUCUUUGAAAUACCAGGAUAGCUUGUCCAUCCAGGAGACUACUUGAAACAUCUACAAAUUAAUAACCUAGUUUGCAGUAGCUAUGCUGAUUGAUGUCCUCCCCCCAUCCUGCCCCAAUAGACAAGACCAUAUAUGAAGCAAAAUGGGCAGCCACACCUCUGUGUGACUAAGGUGAGUAAAGAGAGAGACUGACUAGUAAACCAUGGCAAUCACAUAAGCACCAAUCACAAAGUCAGAAGAUUAGUUUUCUUUUAUUAACAGGAGGUGAUGUCACUUUAUAUAUAGUAUAUAUAUAAUAUAUAUUUUUGUGUUGUUGUUGGUUUCAAAUGUUAUGCACUUUUUAAUGUUUGUAAACUUUUACUAAUGAUAGUGUGAUUGCUUCUUGAAUAUAUUAGUCAUCAGUUAACAAAACAUCUUUGUGGCCACAGCUGUUUGUUUCUACCAUAUGUAUCAUAGUACUUGUCACCUGAAAUUCUUUUGUGAGAUGUGUGGAGAAAAAGCAAACACUUCUGAUCAGUAUUAUGAGCUCAUUUAUUAGUGUUAAUAAAAAACAAGCCAGCAGUAUGCUUGUGGCUCAUUAGUGUAAUAUUAACUCUCACCUUUUAUUGUUUGGAAGCUGAAUGCCUCGCUGUCUUAUUAGCUGUCAAAUGCCCUAUCUUCUUGGCAACAGAAGUAGUCCUUUUGCUUUGAAAAUACUGUUAGCCUUAAACUAAUUAUUUAUUUGUUUCACUUGAUGUUCCUUUCAAACUUAAAACAAUAUUACUAAUCUUUCUUUUUUAAUUAUUUUUCCCUCCCGUUGCUCUUGCAUCAAGUCUUCAAGCUGAACUGGUUGCCCCUUUGUCAUGAACUAGUUACUAUCAAUCUAGCACAAACACCAGAAGGAAAUAAGAUUCUAGGGUUUUUUAUAGUGUUACUUCAUUGAUGGUCCAUGAAACAUCAUCAAUAAAUUGUCAUGGGAAAAGGCAAUAGUGGAAUAAAUAAUUACAGUACAUUAAAUUGUUGGUUUUCCUUAUUUUCCUUCAGUGCUUUUUAUUUCAGUACACUUUCCUUCUUAAUUCCUCUGUGUUGUGAAAUAAAAUUCAUUUCAGCCUUUCUUCCUUA